AUUCGAUGCUGCAGGUAGCAGAAAGGCUGGAGGGUCCCUUCAACAUCGAGUCAGUCAUGGACCCCAUUGAUGUGAAAAUUUCGGAUGCGAUCAUGAACAUGCAGGAGAACAGCAUGCAGGUGUCUCAGAAGGUUUUCCAGGGAUGCGGCCAGCCAAAAACACUUGCCCAGGGCCGGACCGCUCGCUCCGUCUCCGAAAGCGGUUUCAGCGCUCGUUUUAGACCCUACAACCCAGAGGAGCGGCCGACUACAGCUGCCGGCACGAGCUUGGACCGACUGGUUACUGAUGUGAAAGAGAAGCUGAAGCAAGCCAAAAAAUUUUGGUCAUCUCUCCCUGGCAACAUUUGCAACGAUGAAAAGAUGUCUGUAGGCACUGUCAAUGAGAACGAGUGCUGGAACGGGAGCGCCAAGAGCAGGUACGACUUUGCGGUGACUGGAAACGGCUUAGCAAGCCAAGUGAAUAACCCGGAGGUAGAAGUCGAUAUUACCAAGCCAGACAUGGUGAUUCGCCGGCAAAUCAUGGCUCUGCGGGUGAUGACCAACAAGCUGAAGAAUGCAUACAGUGGGAACGAUGUCGACUUCAUUGACAUAAGUGAGGAGAGCAGCGGGGAGGAGAGCGGCAGCGGCUGCGAGCUCCAGCAGUGCUCCCUGGAGUUCGAGUUCAAUGCCACCGAAGUCACUGGGAACUCCAACAAGAGCGAUAAGAACGUGAACACUUCUGCCGCUACCAGGAGCGGUUUAUCACAAGCAGCCUUGCUCCUUAGCGUUUUGUUCUUGGCCAUGCAAAGACAAUGGAGAUAAUUGUGCAGCGUAGGGGGGUGGGGAAAAAGACUUUUAUUAUCAAAGUUAGAAGGCACCUGCUUUCACUUUUAUACCAUCUAGGGACUUUGCUUUUUAAGUUAAUGGACAACAGUGUACAGUUUUUACUAUGUUGCCACUGGUUUUAAGAUACUGAUUAUUUUUUUUUCCCUUGCUAUUCUGGGAAUAAGAGGAACGGGGGCUACCAGUCUGUCCUGUUCACCAAGAGUCCAUGUUAGAGGUGGAUAACAAAAAUGUAUAUACAAGCCUGUAGUUAGCUCUGCAUUUGUGUCUUUAUCACUUUUUUUUUUUUAAAUUCUAUUUUACUGUAUUUCUUAUGAAAACAAAAAAACCCCAGGGUCUUCUCUUGGCCUGUAACAAGUAUGUGUUUCUGAAAUGAGAAAUAUCUGUACAGAAGCAGGUUUUAUUUAUCAUGUUAUCUUAUGGGGAAAAAAUAAUUGCCCAACGAGCAGAAAACGUGUUUCAUGUAGUUAACUUCCCAUUUAUCCACAUUAUGUUAGUUGCCUUAUCUGGAAAGAAGUGGAAGUAAUUUGUCUUUAUUAUGCGGUAAAACAGACGGUGAAGGC